GUCAACUGUCAUUCGUCAGAUUCGUCUUGUUGCAUCCAGAUAUCAGUAUUUUUCUCUUCUUCAGGCAAGUAGGAAUGGCGAGAAUAUUCUUUGAAUCUGGACAAUCCUGAUCGCCUGUAUAAGUGAAAUUUUGUACUGGGGCAUUUAAAUUGGUCGGAUAGGCCAUUGGAUCCAAUUUUCGAUAAUUUUACUAAUUUACAUGGCAUAAAUCUCUGCGCCACUGAUGAGACUAAAUAAGGUAGGAUUCUAGACAUACCGUGCAAUGUGUGCGGGGACUUCUCGUCUGGAAAGCACUACAAUAUAUUCGCGUGCGAUGGAUGUGCAGGUUUCUUCAAACGGAGCAUCCGAAGAAACCGGAAGUACGUUUGUAAGGCGAAAGAAGAAGGGUCUUGCAUCAUUGACAAAACGCAUCGUAAUCAGUGCAGAGCUUGUAGAUUGGCCAAGUGUCAAGAAGCGGGAAUGAAUAAAGAUGCUGUGCAACAUGAAAGAGGCCCUAGAACAUCAACUUUACGUCGUCAACAGAUGUCAAAUUUCUUUGAAACGCAAGAUUCGAUGUUCAUCUCUUCUGUUGGUGGAGCACUGAAUCUGGCAGUUCCCAAGUCUGCGUCUCCACUGUCCAGCGUAACAAUGUCGCCACCUGUCGAUAGUGUUUUCUCUCACACUAUCCAACAUGGAAUUCUUGCGGGAGCUUAUAGCGCAUUCAUGGCGUCGCCCAGACUUCCGAUCCCUGUGCCCACAAUGUUCACCUCACAUUUACUCAGUCCUGCCGUGAUAUGUGAGUCAGCUGCCCGUCUUCUGUUCAUGAAUGUCCAAUGGAUUAGGAGCAUCGGCCACUUUACGUCUCUACCACUCCAAGACCAACUGUUACUGUUGGAAGAAACUUGGAGGGAGCUUUUUAUACUAGGUGCCGCACAGUUUCUUCCUAUCAGUGAUUUGACCCCUUUAGUAUACUCUUGCGGAGCUCUAGAUAGGACGUCAGAGAAAUCUGCUUUUCUUCAUAAGACUCAGCAAUUCGAAGAGGUGCUUAAAAGCGUGAGGCAGUUUCAGUUAGAAAACCAAGAGUACACUUGUUUGCGAGCUAUAGCACUUUUCAAGACGUCAUUUGAAAAAGGAAAUUCUGGUGAUACCUCACCAAGUCAGGCUCUUGGAACUCUGACAGAUCGUGAUAGAAUUGCUAGCAUACAAGAUGAUACUCAAUUAGCACUCAAUAAAUAUAUUAGUACUGUUUAUCCUACGCAGCCUUUACGUUUUGGAAAAUUGUUGCUUUUAUUGCCAACAUUGAAAACAGUUAGCGGUGAGACAAUAGAAGAUCUUUUUUUUAGGAAAACUAUAGCAAAUAUACCUAUUGUAAGAAUAAUUUGUGAUAUGUACAAAUCACAACAGACUUCUAGCUUAUAGUACUUUUGUAAUGUUCUUCAAGGCGCUAAACCUUUUUUUUCAAUAGUGGUACAUGCACAUGCAGACUCGGCAUACGUUGAUCCAAAAUUCAUGCGCAGUACAUACAAUAAGUACAUUUAAAUAGGCCACAAGGUUUUAUCAGACUGCCUUUGUUGCCUACUUUAUUUUUCUAAUCAGCUGACUUAUACGCUAUGGCAUCAUCAGAAGUGCCUUCUCAAUCUGAAUUUUAAGCAAUAUUGAUGUUCACCUAUUAAGGGAACAUGCUAUUUAGUACUUAAUUUCAUCUGUGAUAUAACUAAAAUCAUUAUAGUUUACUACAUGAUUUUGUAAGCCGUAUAUCUAUUAUAAAUGUCAAAAAUUGUAUAUAAUGUACACAUAUUUUAAUAAAGAUUUAAUGGUAUAA